AUGGCGCUCCAAAUUAAGCUUCAAGAGGCUUCGCUGGAAUCGGCCAUGUUACGAACUCAACUUGAGACUCAGCGCUACGCCUCUGCUCGCCGGCAACGGACUAUUCAUCACCUGCGGACGAGAUGGACGAGGGAGAAGCGCGGAUGCCACUCCAAACCUCCGAGCACACCGCGUGAGCGGGCCAUUCAAACCGAUAAUAUCCCUUCGGUCAUCUCCGACGUAUCUCUUUAUGCCGUAGAGCGGGAACUUGAACUUCAGCGCACACUGGCGAAUGAGUCGCGGAGACAUGCGGAAGAGCUGGAGGAAUCGUAUGCGGAGAUCCUGGCUUUCAAGGAUGCGGUCCUCGCGGGAUUGCGGGCAGACCACGCCGAUCAGUCUGCUCAACUACGAGUCAUUCGUAAGGAACUCAAACGCGCGGAGGCCGAGGCGGAGGAUAGCUUGUUGCGGGGCGAGCUGCGUGCAUUGGAGGGCGAACUCGACGAACAGUAUCAACUGCUCACGCACGCUGCGCGUAAUGCCGUCGACGGAGCGAACCGUAUGGCUGCUCUCGUACACGACAAUACCGCUCUUCGUUCCGAGCGCGAUUAUCUCAGAGAGGAACGGGCCGACCUUGCAUCCCGCGUCGAGGCGCUAGAGUCUGCCUCUAUCGAGACGAAUGAACAGCGCGCGCUUGAGGCCAACUUUCUCGAGCACCUCAGGGACGAGCUAGCGAGUGCCACCGCGUACACGGUCAUAUCGAACUCGCCCGACUUCGCCGCCGCGGACGCCGAUCUUGGAUCUAGGUCCAGUAGCCCGCUCAUGCAUCUACCGAACAUUAGUGCAUCUAGUCUUCUCGACGAAGACCUGCCGGCCUCGCUCCCGAUCUCUCCACACUCUCCUCCAUACACCAAUGGAGUGCAGGUCUUGUUGUCCUCUCCGCCACCGCGUUACUCCCAUCCGGCUAGUACAGUGCAUUCGCGAUCGACCUCCCUAUAUGUCACACUAGCGGCGACGGACGGGUCUUCACCCAUCGGGGGUUUAUCUCCUGCGACGUCCUUACCUUCGUUGCCGUCCUCAGAUCCUGUCACCAUCAGAGCCUUCGAGCUGUCUCUUGAUGAAUAUGUUGCCACCGGAACUUCGGCUUCAGGAGUAGAUGGAGGUCGGUGA